AUGCAAAUCUGGCUGCUCAAUGGGGCCUUGAGUGUUUUAGACACGCGAGAAACCAAAGUACAUCCUAUGUUAGUAGCUCAAUCUUCAACUUCUUCAUCAAUUCCUGAAUUCGUUCGAUCGACUUCAUCAUCCAAUAACAACAAUAAUACUAACAAUAAUAACAAUACUAACAACAACCAUUCUAAUGCUAGGAUUAACUCAACAUAUCACCACCAACAGCAACAACAACAACAACCAUCACCACCAACUCAUCAAACUCAAUCAUCAUCAUCAUUAAAAUCAAAUCAUCAGACAUCAAAAUACAAUCAUCAAUCCGCGCACAUUCCUCAUUCUCACCCUUCCAAUCUAGUCCAUCCCUUCCCUCCCCCUCACCUCAUGAUCUCACCUCAACCCUAUAGCUUUAAUCCUCAUUCACUCUCUCCUCAAUUAGCCAUCUUCAAUCCCCUCAUCUUUCAUUCAAAUCAACAUCAACACCAACACCAUCAAUCUGAUCAAAUCUCACCUACCUUCUCUCGUCCUUCUUCUACUUCAACCUCUCGUAAUUCUUCUCCUUCAGGUCAUAGUGAUUAUCUAUCUCAUCAAUCAAAGCAUAAACUUCAAUCUUAUCCUCAACCACUCUACGCUCAAGCUCAUUCUCAUCGUGGUUCGAAUUCUUCAUUACCUUCUUCUCAUCAUUCGAGACCGAGCAUCGGAACCGGAACCGGAACCGGAACAGGAUCUAGUCUUGUGCAAAACAGUCGACCUUCUUCAAUUCAUAUUCCUAGUCGAACUCGUACUGAUAGUACUCAAAGUGAUCGUACACCUGUCCUUACAAACUCUCAUCAUCGGAUCAGACGUGAUAGUUCAACGAAGCCGUCUAGUACCACUUCUUCACCACGCGCCAGUCCUGCUCUUCAACCCCACGAUCCUUUUUCUCAAAUCAAUCAAAACCCAAGUUCUACUAAACCUAAUUCGAAUCAUCCUUCAAUGUCGAAUCUCAAUAGUUCUAGUUCUAAUCCUCAUCCUCCUCGUCCUAACGCCAUGGUACGAAAACCUAGUCCGUUAGCACAAGGCACACGUUCACCAGCUCCGCCACCUGGAGCAUCACCUGCAGCUGUACCUGCACCUUCUUCACCUGCUCUAGCCGAAAGUAAAGUAGAUCUGGCGAGUGAAGAGAAUAGUGAAGAAACGAUCUCUGAACCUGAUCAAGUACUUGAUCCAAGCACUCCAAGCACAAGUGUGGAUCGAAUGAGUACGACCACAUCAACCCCAACAGGAUUUCCUAAUCCUACUCUAAACGUUCCAAACACUGGAUUCAAACCUAAACCUAAGCUAGGAUUCAAAUUAAGAAGAGCCUUGAGUAUUGGAGCCUUACAUGAUGAUAUGAUUCAAUCCUCUAUACCUGAAUCAGGACCAGCCCAACUGACUUCUCUGAACCGAUCUAACACAUUACUUUCACCAUCGGUCAUCACCUCUUCCGAUCCACUCGUCACAUCUAAACCUCCCAAGAGUAAUGGGACGAGUCGAAGGUUUGGACUUUUAAACAGUCGAGCAAAUUCGUCAACCGAUAAUCUUUCGAUCAGUUCAACCGUCAGUUCAGCAAGUGUGAUGAUAAGAAAACUAGGAAACUUGGGUAGAACAGCUAGAAGGAAUAGUGUGAUGGGAUUAACGAAGAUUUUUAAAGAUAAUAAGAAGGAGAAUCUGACGAGUAUGAAUGAAGAGAGUAGAGAAGAAGAAGAUGUCAAGAAGGGAAAGAAGACGAAUGAAGGCAUGAAAGUGGUUGUGAGCGAAGAAGAAAGUUUGGAUGGAUUGACCCCAGCUGCUGCUUUUAUUCUUAAACAGAAACAAGAGUAUGCUCAGAGAGAAGCAGCAGCAGCUAAGAGUCAUCAUCAUAAACCUAAUUCGGCAAAUGGAUCUUCUUCAUCAUCGUCAAAGAAGUUUGAAAAACCGAUGGGUGUGGUCUUAGGUAAUCAGAGCGAAGGUGGUAAUGGGGUGGAUCCAAACGAGUCUAGAAAGAAGAUGAUUGAAAAAGAAAAAGAAAAGUUAAAGAACAAAUGGAAGUGGGGAUCGAGUUUUGGACAAACGUCUCAAUCAACUCAACAGACCAGUUCUAGUUCAUCAGUUCUUCAAAAUCCUUUACAAACCAAUUCAGAAACAGAUGAGAAUGAUGAUGAUGAUGAUGAAACGACGUUGAGAGGAAAAGAAGUCUUGAAGGAAGACGAUCAGGAUGGAUCGGAUGAAGCGAUUAGAGAAGAAAGAGAAUCGUAUGAUGUUGAUGAGUAUGAUGCUGAAUCUUUAUUUGGAAAUAGUGUGACUUUACCUAUGAAAGAAGCUUUACCGAAAAAAGGAAUUCUUAAAAGUGUUAAUGGUGAAUCAAUGAUCAAUAGAAGAGCGACUUUUGCUCAAAACCUUUCAGUUCAUUCGACUUGGCCUCCAGCUAUCUAUGAUCGAAGAGGUGGACCAGCUACUUGUAAUCGAUUGACUCCUAGUUUAGCUCAACGGAUUAAAGAGGAAUUGAAUGCAUUUAAAAUGGACGAAAUGGAAGUUCAUCAUUCUUCGAGAGUUCAUACUCAUUUCUUUGUGGUUUAA